CUGUGUCGGUCGCGCGGCACCAGGAAAUGGAGGCUCUGCCGCGCUGCUGAGCGUGUAGAUGCAGACAGCGGCAGAACUGGGAGGAGAAACCAGCGACCAGCAGGCAGCGACAGGCGACGACUUUCAGCACUUUGAAGGUUUCGUGCAUCAGCAGGAGAAGAUGAGCGACGCAAGUCAGCCCAAGGUUGAACUUUUUGUGAAGGCGGGGAGCGAUGGUCAGAGCAUCGGCAACUGUCCUUUCUCCCAGCGUCUCUUCAUGGUGCUGUGGCUGAAAGGAGUCACUUUCGACGUUACCACAGUGGACAUGAAGAGGAAGCCUGACAUCUUGAAGGACCUGGCUCCUGGUGCUCAGCCUCCCUUCCUGUUGUACGGCAGCGAGGUGAAAACUGACACCAACAAGAUUGAGGAGUUCCUGGAGGAAAAUCUCUGUCCUCCAAAGUAUCCUCGCCUGGCUGCUCGCAACCCAGAGUCCAACACAGCAGGCAUGGACGUCUUCUCCAAGUUCUCUGCUUACGUCAAGAAUUCGAACCCUCAGGCCAAUGAAAAUCUAGAGAAAGGUCUGCUGAAAGCUCUGAAGAAGCUGGAUGACUACCUCGGCUCUGCACUUCCUGAUGAGAUCGACGAGAAUAGCGCUGAUGAGGUCACUUCCUCGUCCCGCCCCUUCCUGGAUGGCCAAGAGCUUACUCUGGCUGACUGCAACUUGCUGCCUAAGCUCCACAUCGUGAAGGUCGUGUGUUUGAAAUACCGACAAUUCAGCAUUCCUCAGUAUCUAACAAACCUCUGGAGGUACCUGAACGCUGCGUACGCCCGGGAGGAGUUUGCCUCCACCUGCCCGAUCGACGACGAGAUCCACAUCGCCUACUCCUCCGUAGCCAAAGUUCUCAAGUAGGAGGACAGUCAUGAAUACACCAGAAUACACCAGCAGAACAACAUACAAAAGCAAAAAAAACACACAUACGCACCUGCACACACCAAGCAAUCACUCUGCAAGUGAAGUGGUCGAUCUGUUUCUCUGUUCUAACUGAUUGUGAGCGCCGCAAGAGGCUUUAUUUACAUCUGUAUAGUCGUUUUCUUGCAGCUAUAAAAGAUAUCACGUUUCAUAAUGUUAGAUCAUUCUAAUAACGGUUAUUAAUGGAUAAUUAUUCUCCUACAGUAGAUUUGUAUUUGUAGUUUUUUCCUGAUAAAAGGGAUGUUUUCGCCUCAUGGACCAGUUUACAUCAGUAAGGAAACAAGGAAGGAGUCAGAAACACAUGCACAAAAAAAAAACAUAUCACAUAUCCCACAUAUCAUCUGACUUUUUUCUGGACAACUUCUGGUUACUUGUUGAUCAUGUUGCCUGCAGACACACACUCACAUGCACA